CGCGGUCAGCCAAACCGUCAACACUCCAUCAAGUCUGCCUGGGCUGUUUCCAUUAUGGCGGCAGGGACCUAACCGUGCUGCUCUUUCGUCCGCUCCGAAAAGUCUAAUUUGAUCCUCCAAUCCCAAAACUCAUUCGUUUUCGGGGCUCAGGAUGCCGGCGAGACUGGCCCCUUCCAGCCCUUCUCUACUCUCUCCAGGCGGCUACGAUGACGAUGUUAUCUCAUUGCGCUCUCUUUCGGAUCAAGAUUCUGAUUCGGAAGAUGAUCAGCUCGUACAAGCGUCGCGAAGCACCUUAGAGCUUGCCCGGCAUGACCGAACGGUCCUGGAGGAAGAGGAAGAGUUAGAGAGGUUGUUAACGAAGGAUAGACACCAGGGCGGCGGGUUGAAGAGAAUUUUUGGCACGGCACAUGAUAUGGGGAGCAGUGUGCGGAUUGGAAAGAAAGAGAAGAGGAGGAGAAAGAAAAGGCGGGCGCAGUCGAGUAUAAAUCGGGGUGGAGACGAAGAGGGGGAAUUGAUGUACGAGAUGGAAGAGGGGGAUGUAUUCAACAAAGAGGACGAUGGCGAGUUAAGUUCCCUGUCGUCUGGUUCGAGUUCAUCCUCUUUAGAUACUCUGAUGUUGGAAACUCGGCCGCUUGAGUCAAAAAGUUUUUAUCGAAGAUUCAGUCUCCCGUUUUCCGCCAUUAUUAUCCUCUUUCUCAUUCUCUUCCUCGGCGCAUACAAAGCUUCAAGCCAGUUUCGAGCUAGACAACAUAAUAAAUACACCCUCCUAUCAAAUGGAACGGCAUUAUUUCGUCCUACCACUAUACUUAUUUCCCUUGAUGGCUUUCGUGCCGAUUUUCUCACCCGUGGACUCACGCCGACUUUGAAUCAAUUUGUCGCGGAGGGUAUCUCGCCGAGAUAUAUGCUCCCAAGUUUCCCGAGUGUCACGUUUCCAAACCAUUUCACGCUAGUUACCGGUCUAUAUCCCGAAAGCCAUGGAGUAGUUGGGAACACUUUCUGGGAUCCAAAACUUCAGGAGGAUUUUUACUAUACCGACCCUGCACGGAGUAUGCAAGCAAAAUGGUGGAACGCGGAACCCAUCUGGGUGACAGCGGAAAAGCAAGGUGUAAGGACGGCAAUACACAUGUGGCCGGGAUCCGAAGCUCAUAUUGGGCCCAUGGAACCAACUUAUCUCGAUAAGUAUAACGGCAGUGAAGAGCUCUCCGCCAAAGUUGAUCGAAUUUUGCAUUGGCUGGAUUUUCCGGGAGACGAUGAUGAAUUUCACUCAGCAAGGGAACACAAGAGGCCGCAGUUUAUUGCUAGUUAUGUUCCAAACGUUGAUGCCGAUGGGCAUAUGUUCGGUCCCAAUAGCACGGAGAUCAGGAAAACAAUCGCCAAUGCAGAUAAUAUGUUAAAAUCCUUGUUUGACGGCCUGCAAGCUCGAAAUUUGACACAUAUUGUGAAUGUCAUCGUUGUAUCUGAUCACGGAAUGGCAACCACAUCAACAAACCGGCUUGUUGAGCUCGAUAACUUAGUCGAUCUCUCGCUUAUCGAGCGUAUUGACGGGUGGCCGCUGCAGGGUCUUCGACCCCGCAGUGACGCAGACAUACCUAAAAUUAUCCGCGAGCUUGAAAAGGCAUCGAGGCUAUAUAAGGCUUCUAUUGAAGUUUAUACCCGGGAAACAAUGCCUAAAAGAUACCACUUUUCGAACAACGAUCGCAUUGCACCCAUAUGGAUCAUCCCUAAAACCGGCUGGGCAAUAGUCAAAAGAACGGAUUUCGACAUUGAAGUGGCCAAAACAAAAAACAUCACGUAUCAUCCCCGUGGCAUACAUGGAUAUGACCAUGAACAUCCUCUUAUGCGCUCGAUAUUUGUUGCUCACGGCCCGAGCUUCCCUCAUAAGCCGAAUAGUCGCGUUGAGCCUUUCCAAAAUAUCGAGGUUUAUAAUGUCCUCUGUGAUACUUUGCACAUCGAACCUAACCCUAACAAUGGCACCUUCCGCCUACCUUUCCACCCAGUUGGUCUGCAUUCCGACAAAAAUGCACCACCGCCGGAUGUCCCCGAGGAUCCAUCAGCUUCUUCAUCGAAGGUUAACUUAGUCAGCACUAGCACUUCUUCAGCCAGCGUAGCUGAUGCAUGGACUCGUCCUGCCCCAAUCGCUGCAAACCCCUCUCCCGUCACUGCCCCAGUUCCUGGAAACUCGCAAAGCAUAGACGACAUCAAAAGUCAUGAAGAUGAUAAAGAUGACGACGACAAAAAUGACGCACUGUUUUGGUGGAGACACAUCAAAGAUCAAAUCGACGCGCUAAAAGAAUGGGCAAAGGGAAUACUCAAGGACCCGAACUCAAAUAUCGAUCCAAACUCCAUUUAAGAGCAAUAUUUCUUCGCCCAAUCAUAAUCUCUCCUUCUGGUUCAAAGAAAGCGCGCUGAACACAUAAAUUCCUUUUGAAAUAGGGUUUCCUAUUGGUUUGUGCUAUUUUUUUUUUGUUGUUUAUGUCUUUGAUUCAGAUUCACCUUUCAUAAUGAGCGGCAGAGGCGUUAUUUCGUAUACCCAUCUGUGUGCUGGUCAGACAGAUGCCUAUUUACCAGA